GGGGGAACAAUAACAAAAGAAAAAGGAUUUAGCAAUAAUUGGGUGAAGAUUGUUAACUUUUGACCUGAAAUGAGUAGGCAAAAUUUUAAUUAAUGCAGUGAGGUUAGAUGAUUAGCAUAAUCGCCUAAAUUAACCUUUGCAAAAUUGGCCGGUCCAUUAUUUUUUCUUCAUGAGCAGUUGCGGUUAUUACAGGUGCUAGUUAGGGUCGACACUUCGACAAUGAAACGAGAGAUAUAGAUUUAUAAAUCUAUCCCGACAAAUCCAAAUAGAUAGAAAUAAAAUAUCUAUAAUAUAUAAACAAAUGGAUUUAGGGAGAGAAAGACAUAAGAGAGAAAAAAAUUAAUUAAUAAAAUAAACAAAUAAACAACUACCACCAAACCUCCUUUUUUGCGCCAAGUUCAUGAACUUAAAUCCUUUGUUUCUCCUAUAUAAAUCCCUCUUUCCCUCGACCAUUCUUCCUCAGCUACUAUUGAUCAGCUCAGACAUUGGAAAACAAAAACACUACUAUAUAUCACCAUGCCUUCUUCACCUUCUUUUACUCUUGUGUCUAGAUGCACGGUUUCCCCAGACCAAAAAUCUGACAUCAAAACCUUAAAGCUUUCGGUUUCUGACAUCCCUAUGCUUUCAUGUCAGUACAUUCAAAAAGGGGUUUUGCUCACUUCUCCUCCUUAUUCGUUCGACGACCUCGUGUGCUUCCUUAAACAAUCCCUGUCCACUACUCUCUCCUACUUCCCUCCUUUGGCUGGUCGUCUCACCACUGACCCCGACGGUCACGUCCACAUCACCUGCAACGAUGCCGGCAUUGACUUCCUCGUUGUGAAAUCCCCCAAUAUUUCCAUUCACAACGUUUUGGUCCCUGGCGAUGUCUCCGAUUGUGUCAAACAGUUUUUCACAUUCGACAAGACACUUAGUUACUCAGGCCACUUCAAGCCCUUAGCUGCAGUUCAAGUAACCGAGUUGGCCGACGGGGUUUUUAUUGGGUGUAUAGUGAAUCACGCUGUGACCGAUGGGACUUCAUUCUGGCACUUUUUCAACACCUUCGCUGAGAUCACCAAAGGGGCUUUAAAAAUAUCGAAAUCUCCCGAUUUUGGUCGGAACACCGUGUUUAAUUCCCAAGCCGUGCUUAAAUUCCCUCCCGGAGGACCCACUGUUACUUUCGCCGGCGACGAGCCGUUGAGGGAAAGGAUUCUUCAUUUCAGCAGAGAAGCGAUUUUAAAACUUAAAUACAGAGCUAAUUACGGUUGUUUAUUAACUAAACAAACGAAUUCCGAAGUCUUAGGCAAGCUCUGUAACGACAGUUGGAAAUCCGUUAACGUGGAAACUAACGGUAAAGUGAGAAACAAUAAUGAUGAGAUUUCGUCCUUUCAAUCACUCUGUGCUCAGCUUUGGAGGUCGGUGACCCGGGCCAGGAAAUUGGAGCCAACCAAAACGACGACGUUUAGGAUGGCGGUGAAUUGCCGCCACAGGUUGGACCCAAAGCUGGAGCCGUACUACUUCGGAAACGCUAUUCAGAGUAUUCCGACUUUCGCCUCAGCAGGUGAGUUGCUGGGAAAGGACUUGAGCUGGGCCGCCGAUAUACUGCAUAAAAACGUGGUGGCGCAUAACAAUGAUACGGUGCGGAAAGGUGUAGCGGAUUGGGAGAAGCAGCCGAGGUUGUUCCCGUUGGGUAACGCUGACGGUGCAUCAAUCACCAUGGGGAGCUCUCCCAGAUUCCCAAUGUACAAUAAUGAUUUUGGGUGGGGGCGACCUUUGGCGGUGAGGAGUGGUAGGGCCAACAAGUUUGAUGGGAAGAUCUCAGCCUUUCCUGGGAGAGAUGGGAACGGGAGCGUUGAUUUGGAGGUUGUUUUGGCCCCUGACACCAUGUUGGGGGUUGAGAAUGACCCUGAGAUUAUGCAGUACGUAUCCGAAUUCCUGUGAGUGCAAUCAGUAGGGAAAAGAAACAUAAAUCCGAGGUGGCAAUUUGUGAUGGGUGAUAAGUUGUUAAACCUUUACCAAAUCUUGGAGGAAGAAAAUACCACCAUAAACUUCAACGGCUGUGAUUUCAUUUCCUGUAAACUCAAAAAAAAGAAAAAGAAAAAGAAAAAAAGGUUACCCCUAUAAAAAUGGAUCAAAUCAGAACCCAUAAAAUUCGAGUUAUUUUCCCAAUUCUUGCGUCGGUUAGGUUUCAUAUAUAUAUAUAUAUAUAUAUAUAUAUAUAUAUCUAUGGUUUGGAAAUUUUUUGGUAUCAUAUAUGUGUAAUGGCAACAUAAUAUUAGAAUGAGAGAUGAAAUCAAA